UAAAUCCUAUUAGCAACUUUCUGCUGAUGGAGACGCCACACUGACUUUGGGGGUUUCUCAUUCUCUCAUUGUCGACGUGAAAAGCCCGCUUUUACUACUACUUAUUAUCCUUUGAACAGAGACCACAGUUAACUUGGAGGGCAAGGCAUGUCUGCAGAAAAGAAACCAAAAAAGAAGAAAGAACAGGCCAACGGCACGUCCGAAACAAAGUUAAAUGGAACUGAGACCAAACCUAAAAAAACCAAGACAAAGAAGAAUGAAGAUGCAGCAGAAGAUGACACCUCCAACACCCAAAGUGGGAAAAAAGUGAAGAAAAAGAAACCAGAAAAAGACAAGGAGGAACCGGGAAAGGAUAAAGAGAAAGAGCCAAAAAAGAAAGCCAAAAGUGCUCCUAAAAAAAAGAAAGCCUCAGACACUGAAGAAGAUGAUGAUGAAGAGGAGGAUACCCCAAAAAAGAAAACAAAGAAAAAAACAACAAAGGAGAGCUCUCCAUCUGCAAGUACUGCCAAAGAGAGAAAAUCAAAAUCUAAAGACGACAAAGAUUCUGAUGGAAAAGAUAAAAAGUCUAAGUCAAAAGAAAAGGAGAAGGAGAAGAAGAAAGAACCAGCAUCAAUGUUUAUGAUAAAUGGGGAGAAAACAUCUAAAGGCAAGAAGAAAGCCGCCAAGUCAGAGAGCGAUGAGAGUGAAGAAGAGACAAAGUCGACCAAAUCAAAGAAGAAGUCUACCGCUGGUUCAGCAUCUAUGUUUCAGACCACAGCGGAUAAGGAAAAAGAGAAAAAGACGAAGAAAAAAGGAAAGGUAGAGGAGAGUGAUGAAUCUGACUCAGAGAAAGAAGAAAAGUCCAAGAAGAAGAAGGGUAAAGGAAAGAAAAAGAAGGAGAGAGCUCCUUCACCUGAGAUUGAGUUUGACGACUUGGAGACGUUUGUGAUGGACCCGGCUCCACAGGGUGUGACGGUUAAAUGCAGGGUGACGCGGGACCAGAGAGGGAUGGAUAAAAGCCUCUACCCUCUGUACUAUCUUCAUCUUGACAAUGAGAAAAAGACAUUCCUGUUGGCUGGGAGAAAAAGAAAGAAAAGUGCAACAUCAAAUUACCUCAUCUCCAUUGAUGCCACAGACUUAUCAAGAGGUGGGGAGAAUUUUGUUGGAAAGCUGAGGUCCAACUUAAUGGGGACUAAAUUCACAGUCUUUGACAACGCUCUAAAUCCAGAAAGAGCUCUACCGGACAUGUCUAAUGCACGGCAAGAGUUAGCCGGCAUCAUCUAUGAAACAAAUGUUUUAGGAAUGAAAGGGCCCAGACGGAUGACAGUCAUCAUUCCGGGAAUGAGCAAGGACAACGAGAGAGUACCGCUCAGGCCCAGAAAUGAAUGUGACGGCUUGUUGGUAAGGUACCAGAAUAGAAGGAUGGAAAAUCUGAUUGAACUUCACAACAAGACGCCCGUGUGGAACGAAGAUACUGCCUCUCAUGUGCUGAAUUUCAACGGCCGAGUCACACAGGCCUCCGUCAAGAACUUCCAAAUAGUUCACAACAAGGACUUGGACUACAUCGUGAUGCAGUUUGGAAGAAUAGCUGACGACAUUUUCACUCUGGACUACAACUACCCCCUGUGUGCCGUGCAGGCCUUUGCCAUCGCUCUCUCCAGCUUCGAUGGCAAAAUCGCUUGUGAGUAAUCCACCAGAUCAUCAGCUGUCCACAACUGCUGAAAGUACCAAGUUCAUGCCAACCUGUGACUCUGGAGUCGCUUACACCAUCAGAGAUGGGAAGUGGCAACCAACGGCGGAUACCUGCUGCUGAGUGGGCGCCCUUUUUGCCACGCAGGUGCCCGAAGUAAAACCUUUGUGGCAUAAACUGAUUCUGCAUCGCUCGGUGAAGGAGAGUUUUAUUUUCUGUUUUGGUAAUUCAGUGGAAACAUCAGAAGUUGGUGUUUGUGUUUUUAUUGUCAUGUUCCAGGAUCAUGCCGCCGUUAGUUAUUCUCCUUCAGCAUGAGCCAGCAUUCAUUAGUAAAUCCCACUCACCCGCGAUUUCCGUUGAUUCCCAGUUGUAUUUAAAUUCCGGAUUUUUGUUCCUUUGUCGUCUCUUUUCGAUACCUGUUCCAAAGUUUGGUGUGAUUGAGUUCCGUUGAAUAUUAUUGUCUCCAUUAUGCGCCUGCCGAUGCCUUGCUGCCGCUUUGGUCUUUCACCACAAACCGUGACAGGAGUAAGGUGGAACACAAAAUGCCAGGGAUGACAUUAAAGACUCACAGCAUUUAGAAUGGAUGAUAAACCCUCUCAAAGAUGACCGCGCUGUGACGAUACUUAAAUAUGCUUAAUAUUAUGUUGUUGUUUUUUGUCUUUUAUGCUGUGUUGUGUUUUGUUUCUGUGUAAGGCCAGUUUUAGAGGAGUUUUUGUUUUUUUUUGUUUUUUGUGUCACAGUGAAAACAAAUGAACUAAAGACUGUAUUUUACAAUGA